AUGCUUUCCUCCCAGCUUUCACAACGCUUUGAAGUCGUGACCGUCGUUGGUUUGCCCGCAGGCAUGACCCUCGAAGACGCGUUAGAGGCAAUCCAAGAGCCUAUCGCCGAUGCGGUGCCUGGCACUCGCAGAAGGCCCGUUGUCGCCGAUAACACCUCUCAGCAGCUCCAGCAACACCCAGACGGCCAGCCGGCUUCGUCGGGUACCAUGCCCAUACGCACUACCACCUUUCCUAUGUACAGUCAUGUCAUUCCGAAAUACACCACUGCCAAUCCACAGCAGGCUACGAAAUUGUUUAAAUUGAUUAAUGAGAGCACUCCUGGCGAUUCUCCCCUUACCGGUCGCCACCACCACAAUCCGCAGGACCCACAUCAUGGUGGAGUAAUGUACCAAAACGGUCGGCUGCCCGACUCUCCACCCAUCACCGAAAUUUCGGCCCCUGGCAGCUCGGCCUCCCCGCACAGCAGCAACUCGGAGAGCCCAUACAGCCCCAAUGAAUACACCGGCUAUGGACUGCUCCCACACAACGGGAACAACGGGUUGAUCCUGGCCCCGAACGAUUUGAGCUUGAUGGGACAGCAGACCGAUAUUUUCCAACAGCAGCUACCUGGUAUGAAUGGACGCCUAAUCCAAAAUCAAGGACUAACAAGCCCACAAAGUGUCAACGGCGGCUACCUGAACAACUACCCACAGCAGCCGACCCCAGCCAGCAUGACCCAAGUAUCGCCACAGCCACAAGGCCAGCGAAUGAACAACAAUGGCAACUACUUCGACAGCGGCAUGCUUUAUCAGAACAACUCCGGCUCUGACGGAUCCAUCAACUCCGCUGGCAUGCCAUCAUCCAAGAAACGCCCGAGGGUGAUGCCGAUGGCGAACAGCCUGCCACCACAGGGUCAGAUGCAGCAAAUGCUGCAGAGCCCGUGUGGCAACGACUACGACGAGAAUGGCUUCCACAAUUCGGAGAUGAUGAUCCGCUUCUUCAAAUUCCAGGAGGAGAGUUGGCAGCCGUUGUUUGACGUCAACCAUCAGCAGCUGAAUCAGCUUCAGACCCAUGUCGUUGCUGACAAGGGCUUCAACUAUUCGUCGAUGGACAACUGCUUUGUGAACCAGAAGAAGAACCACUUCCAGAUCACCGUCAACAUCGAAGCUGCCGAUUGCCUUCCAGCCCGUUUCGUCCGUGUCAACGGCGAAAUGAAGGAGAUCAAAGAAUUCCGCCUUGGCUUCACCGGCGUCAAGAACGAGAUGUGGACCAGCGAAAUCCCGAUCAAGCAGUCCCAAACCGACCGUCGACCCCAGCCGCACACCCCUGUCACCUUCGAAAUCACGGAACGUCGUCUGACCAAGGUGACGGUCCCUCGCCUCCACUUCUCGGAGACGACCCAGUCGAAUCAGCGCAAGGGCGGCAAACCCAACCCGGACCAGCGCUACUUCUUGCUCAUCGUCCGCAUCUUUGCCGUCACCGCCGAUGACCAUGCCAUCCUUUGCCAGGCCUACAACUCCGACAAAGUCAUCGUUAGGGUGCGUUUU